GAGCAACCAUACCAGCUUGUGCUCUCUGACAUGGCAAACAGCCAAUCGUCCUGGUCUCCUCGAUGGUAUAAAACGACAUCCAGAAGGCCUCCGUAGGUCAGCGUCCAAGCGGCUUUCUCCCAAGAUGCGUCUCCUCCAGUUCACCGUCGCUGCUCUCGGUCUCGUCAACGGCGUUCUCUCGCAAUCGAGUACUGCCGACGCCUAUGUCGCGUCCGAGUCGCCCAUCGCGAAAGCUGGGCUACUUGCAAACAUCGGUCCUAAUGGUUCCAAGUCGCAGGGAGCCAAGUCGGGCAUAGUCAUUGCCAGCCCCAGCACCUCCAACCCAGACUACCUCUACACAUGGACACGCGACUCCUCGCUUGUGUUCAAGGCUAUCAUCGAUCAGUUCACCUCCGGCAGAGACACCACUCUUCGUAGCCAGAUCGACAACUUUGUCUCUGCGCAGACCAUCAUCCAGCAGAUAUCCAACCCGAGUGGCACCGUCUCUUCGGGUGGUCUUGGGGAGCCUAAGUUCAACAUCGAUGAAACUGCCUUCACCGGCGCCUGGGGACGUCCUCAGCGAGAUGGUCCCGCUUUGCGCUCGACUGCCCUCAUCGCCUAUGCGAACUGGCUUUUGGACAACAGCAACACGACAUUUGUUACCAACACCCUCUGGCCCGUCAUCAAACUCGAUGUUGACUACGUUGCGAACAACUGGAACCAGUCUGGCUUCGAUCUCUGGGAGGAAGUUCAGUCGUCGUCGUUCUUCACCACCGCUGUUCAGCACCGCUCGCUUCGCGAAGGCUCUGCCCUUGCGACCCGAAUCGGUCAGACAUCUGUUGUGAGCAACUACGACGCUCAAGCCGCCAACACACUUUGCUUCUUGCAGUCCUACUGGAACCCCUCGGGAGCUUAUAUCACUGCCAAUACUGGCGGUGGACGCUCUGGCAAGGAUGCUAACACUGUCUUGACUUCAAUUCACACUUGGGACAUCAAGGCUGGCUGCGACGCAGCCACUUUCCAGCCUUGCUCGGACAAAGCCCUUUCCAACUUGAAGGUCUACGUUGAUUCGUUCAGGUCCAUCUACUCCAUCAACAGCGGUAUCGCCUCUAACGCAGCAGUCGCUACGGGCCGCUACCCCGAGGACAGCUACCAAGGUGGAAACCCCUGGUACCUUACGACUCUCGCUGUCGCUGAACAGCUCUACGAUGCACUCACGACUUGGAACCAACUCGGUGGCUUGAACGUCACUAGCACUUCGCUCGCCUUUUUCCAGCAGUUCUCCUCCGGCGUUACGGCCGGCAGCUACGCUUCGUCAACCUCUACAUACACCACGCUCACUGCCGCCGUCAAGACCUUCGCUGAUGGCUUCGUCGCAGAGGUCGCGCAGUACACCCCGUCAAACGGUGGACUUGCCGAGCAGUACAGCAGAAGCUCCGGCUCUCCGCUUAGCGCGGUGGAUUUGACUUGGAGCUACGCAAGCGCCUUGACCGUGUUCGAUGCGAGGGCUGGCGUGAUCGCUCCUAGCUGGGGCGCCGCAGGCUUGGUUGUCCCGUCAUCUUGCUCGACCAGCUCUGGAGGCAGCUCUGGAGGCAGCUCUGGCACCGUUGCUGUGACGUUCAACGUUCAGGCAACCACGGUCUAUGGAGAAAACAUCUAUAUCACCGGUUCCGUCGAUGCUCUGCAAAACUGGUCUCCGGAUAACGCCCUCAUUCUGUCGGCGGCAAACUACCCCACCUGGAGCAUCACCGUCAAUCUCCCGGCCAGCUCGUCGAUCCAGUACAAGUACAUCCGCAAGUACAACGGCGCCACGACCUGGGAGAGUGACCCCAACAUGCAGAUCACCACACCUUCCAGCGGCACGUACGUCGAGAGCGACACCUGGCGUUAAAUGCGUUUAACGCAUCAAGGUGCUUUCUAUAAUCAAGAAAAGUUACGAUUGCAUGAGAACGUUCUGCUUUUUGUAUUAUGCAGUAUCGGGAGCAGGGUUCUGAAUCAGAUCUACGUGUCAUCCUAAAAAAAAAUCCGACCUUCGUAGGACUACAUACCCUUGUAUUUCGAAAGGCAUUGUUUUAUGUUUGUUGUAUCGAAUGAAAUUGUCGUUCUCCGAAACAUAAAUCC